AUGGAGGAGGCGAUGGAAGUGAUGAGGACGGCGAUACUUGCUGUGUUGGACAGCGCCAAUGGACUUCGAAGAUCGACGGCAGCGAAUGUGAUGGAGAUUUUGAGCCCAUUCCAGAAUGUUGUGUUUUUCGCCGCAGCGACUGAGUUUGAAUUGAGAGUGAGUGGUGGGGCCUACGGAGGGACGCUUUUUCUUCUAGAAACAACACGAGUUAUCAAGGCGUCCAUCAGAGCAAAUCCCAUGGGAAGGAAGCAAAAUGCUGGAGCCCAAAUUUGCGAUAAGCCCAAUUUCAAGUAA